AUGUCUUUAUUCAAAAAAAUCAUAAAUUUUAUUAAAUGUGGUCAUAAAAAAAUAAAUACAUUUGAUGAAAGUAUUUACAAUUGGAAUUGUUCAACUUUGUCAGCAAUCAAUAAAGAAGUUUUUGAAACCACCUUACCAAUCACUGAAGAAGAUGAACAAUUCGAAAUAGAAAUCGAACAUGAAAUUUUAAAAUUAAACAAAAAUGAUUACGAA